AUGAAUCUCUAUCACAAAAGGCAUAAGGGUAGUUAUAUUGAGAUUCAGUUGCACUAGUAGUUAUUGUCUAUACAUUAACAGGUAUUGGAUUAUGUUAGUAGAUAGAGUAUUUUUUGGAAGUGCUUCUGAAAGUUUGCUGAUUGAUUAAAUAAUCAUGAAAGGUAUAUGUUUAGGGGAAAGAAAUUAAUAUUAUGAUUAUACCAGAAAUAGUAUCAGCAGCAAAUUCAUUUCUCACUCCAAUAAUUUAUGAUCUUUUAAAUUGCUUAACUUAUCCAUUGCUUUCUUUUAUUCAAUUUUAGAGUAGUUCUAUGUAUAUUAGAGAAAAAAUUGAUUGGAUGUAGAAAGGUAAAAACAUAAAUUAAACAAAAAGAAUUAUAAAUUGUUUAUAAGGAUUAUCCAAGUGAAAAGUUGAAAAAGUAUAUUUGA